UACAAAGCGUCGUCUCCCUCUCUCUAUCUCUCUCUCUCUCUCUGUCAAGCUGGUCGUCCAUCUAGACAGCUUCGCCGGCGAUUCUCGCCGACAAACUACUCCAGGUGAACUGUACGGUGUACUUCAUCAGAGCUUUCAGGCUCGUCGAAGGAAAGAUACCGAGCAACGUGGUCGUUUUGACUGACGUUUGAUAGUCUGGCAAAGAAAGGCAAAGGGCGGCGUGACCUGUCUCCGCUUGCGCAUGUCGAAACGACGUGGUUUUGGGGAAGUCAUACGAGGGAGGCCAAAAGGCGCCACAUCUGGAUGGUGUGAGUGAUCGGAGGCGGUAGAUGGGGAGGGUAAUGGUGUUGGGGUUGGCGGUGACGGUGGCGGUGGCGGCGUGCGCGGUUGCGUCGGUGAUGGUGGGGAGAAGAGUAAGGAGCAGGAGGAAGUGGAGGAGAGUGUUGGGGGUGCUGGCGGAGCUGGAGGAAAGGUGCGCGACCCCGGUUGGGAAGCUUAAGCAGGUGGUGGACGCCAUGGCCGUGGAGAUGCACGCUGGCCUAGCCUCCGAGGGUGGCUCCAAGCUCAAAAUGUUGCUCACCUUCGUCGAUCGUCUCCCCAGUGGGAGUGAGAAAGGAACUUAUUAUGCACUAGAUGUUGGGGGUACUAAUUUUAGGAUCUUGCGGGUUCAGCUAGGAGGUCAAAGGUCCUCAAUCCUGGAACCACAUGUGGAACAACAAGCCGUUCCCGCACAUGUGAUGACCAGCACUAGUGAGAACCUCUUUGAUUUAAUAGCUUCAGCAUUAAAGGAGUUUGUUGAUAGAGGAGAAGAUGGUUCCAAAACUCUAGUUAGCAGAAGAGGGGAACUCGGAUUUACAUUCUCUUUUCCAGUAAAGCAAAGAUCCGUUUCAUCGGGCAUUCUGAUUAAAUGUACAAAAGGGCUUCACAUUGAAGACAUGGUUAGUCAGGUUCGAAGGGAGGUGACAGAAUGCUUAGAGCAAGCAAUGAGCCGAAAAAGACUGAAUAUGCGGGUAGCAGUACUGGUCAAUGAUACUGUGGGAACGUUAGCACUUGGACAUUAUCACGAUGAAGACACUGUUGCUGCAGUGAUAUUUGGUACAGGUACAAAUGCCUGCUACUGGGAGCGGACAGAUGCUAUCAUCAAGUGUCAAGGGCUUCUCACCACUUUUGGAGGCAUGGUCAUCAAUAUGGAAUGGGGAAAUUUCUGGUCAUCUCAUUUUCCGAGUACUUCUUAUGACACCGACUUAGAUUCCCAUAGCUCUAGUCCAAAUGACCAGGGUUUUGAGAAAAUGAUAUCAGGAAUGUAUCUUGGUGAGGCUGUGAGGAGAGUGCUUCUAAGAAUGUCACGAGAGUCGGAUAUAUUUGGAACUGUUCCUUCCAGAUUAUCAGUGCCAUUUAUUUUUAGUUUAACAGGCCUUAUGAAUGCUACAGAAUUUCAUGGUAUCCCCCUUUUCAAUUUCAGGAUACCUAUGAUUUCUGCCAUGCAUGAAGAUGACUCCCCUGAAUUGAUAGAAGUAGCAAGAAUCUUGGAAGAUGAUCUGGAGAUUCCUGAUGUCCCUUUAAAGGUUAGAAAGCUGAUUGUAAAGUUAUGCAAUGUGGUGACCCGUAGAGCUGCUAGAUUGGCAGCUGCUGGUAUCGUGGGAAUCUUGAAAAAGAUAGGCCGGGAUGGAAGUGGUGGCAUCACUGGUGGAAGGACUAGAAGUGAUGUCAAAAUGAGAAGAACAGUAGUUGCUAUUGAAGGGAGUUUGUAUACAAGCUAUACGAUGUUUAGGGAAUACCUGCAUGAAGCUUUGUGGGAAAUAUUGGGGGAAGACAUUGCUCCACAUGUCAUUCUUAAGGUAAUUGAAGAUGGACCAGGCAUUGGAGCAGCGCUCCUUGCCGCCACAUAUUCAAAGGACAGUGUUUGUGGAUAGCGUACAGUUGCUACGAAUAUAUGUUCAAUUACAUACAAAUAGCCCCUGUAAAUGUAGAGUUCUUUUUCCAUAUCUUCUUGUAUAAAGGAAGGAUUGUCCACAUAUAAUUUUUUGUUUUUUCUGAAAUUUCCACCCAUUGAUAGAUUGAUGUUGGCAAUGUGAAAAUGAUGUUCUUUAUAAAAUUUUCCUUUCCCAGUCUUGAUUUUCA